GGGUCUGGCCAUCCCGUGCAGUUGGAACUAAGGUCAUCGAUCUGUUAUAUUGCUAACCUGGUCAUUCAGCUUGUUCCAAUUUCAUCAGUCUUUUCAACCGUCCAAUCUCAACUCUUGCAUUUCAUUAUCUUAUCAGAUAAUAGCGGAGGCCGCACACACAGAGACCCACUUAUACAGUCAAGACAGACAGCCCCUCAACAGCAGGCACCCAUUCCCUUUUUCUCUGUCAUACAGCCAUGAACAAAGCAAAUCGUCGCCUGCGAGCUGUCCACCGCACCAUCGAGCGCGACCCACUCCCCGCUUCCUUGACACAAGCUCUGAUCUUGCCCGAUGAUGCACGGCUCACCCUUUCGCUGCCAUCAAAUCCAGAAGAUGGCACGCACGUCGUCAUAAACGACGUCCCACUAUGUGCCUACAAAUCUCUUGCGCGGACGGUCGCCUUGGUAAUUUCUGCCGUCGGGACACCGUUUGAGAACUCCGCACACCAUAUUCCAAAGUAUCCCGUCCUCGAGCUGCUCCCGGCUGAUCAACCGAAGGAUAUCUCGAUUGCCGACUUUUGGGCAGUUAUCUACAGUCUCUUCAAUCGUUAUCAUAUGCAGGAAACAAUUCCUAUCCUCAUCACUGACGAUUUGACGAACCGUGCCCAGCUCGAGUCAUAUGUCAUCGGCUCGGGCAUUGGGCGUAGACAACACGCGCAGCCUGUAGGGCCAGAGCUUUUUCUGUCCAGAACGGCUUUCUGGCAAGGCGGUGGCACUAAUGGGUACCACAUGCGUGGAUGGCUUCCUCCAAAGUCCAGCACGACCAUCUAUUCGUAUGCAGUGUUUCCCACCGUCCAGUCAUUCACGCGAAAUUCACUCGUGAUCGCCGCACAUCCACUUCGGCCACCCAAACCACAGGAGGGAGAAGUGUUAUAUAGGCGAUUCUGUCCAAUGGUGGGCCAAAUGCUAGAGUUUACUCACUUCAAUUUGGAGGAGAAGGAGAACGGUAAUGAUUAUGUGGGUGCCCACCUGGACGCUUUUCAUAGGUGGCAUAAUGACGAGCGAGUCAACCGCGGAUGGGGCGAGAAAGGAUCAAUGGAGAAGCAUCGUAAAUAUGUACGAGAAGUGAUGAACGACCCAUCUGUCUUGCCGGUGAUGAUGAGCUGGGAUGGUGAGCUGAUGGGAUACUUGGAGAUCGUAUGGAUAAAGGAGAACCAUGUGUCACAGUACAUACCUGGGGGAACCAAGGACUGGGACAGGGGUAUCCAUGUGUUAGUCGGAGAAGACAAGUUCCGUGGCUACGAGAGGGCGCAAUCCUGGUAUCGUUCGCUGCAUCAAUACUGCUUUCUUGCGGAUCCAAGGACGGAAACGGUAGUCGCCGAGCCCAAGUCUAGUAAUACGGGAAUGGUCGAAGUAUCAAUGGGUACGUCGAUGCACGUGCAAACGCUCUUCGAUUUUCCGUACAAACGUUCCGCGCUAAUGUGGAAUCCUCGCGAACGGUUCUUCAAAUUGGACAUGUUAUAAGCGCGAAUGUGGUAGAAUGAGAAGGGAAGGCAUCAUGUUAUAGAUACGACACUUGAAGGAUUGACUCUGGAUUUCCAAUCUCUACUGUGUAAUAUUAGGCUUAUCACCGUUGCUACUGCCUGUGUAACUGUAUAACAGACUAAGGGUGUUAUGAUGCUAAACAAGGGGAAA